AUGAAAGGAAAUACCAGAGUAAUCAUCUUAAUCAUCAGUGCCUUGGUGUUAUUAUCAGCUGUCAUUACUACUGCUUUACCACAAGAAGAUGAGCAUAAAUGGCAAGAGGUUCCCGACAAAAUUAAGAAAUUUUUCAACGGAGAAGACAAUGAAGAAGAGAAAGCUCCACCUAAAGAAAACAUGAUGGCUUAA